AUGUCCUCCAACGCAACCAUUCUCCUCAAAACAGCAACCAAACUCAUCACCUCGGUCCCUCAGUCCGAUACCCACUCCGUCGCUAGCGCAGCGAUGGAUUCCAACGGGCGAAUCCACACGGGCCUCAACGUCUACCACUUCACGGGCGGCCCGUGUGCCGAACUGGUCGUGCUGGGCGCCGCAGCGGCCGCCGGCGUCGGAAUCGGAUUGAGUACGGAAACAAUGUUAACAACGAUCGUGGCGGUCGAUAAUAGCGGAAAGGUGCUGAGUCCGUGUGGUCGAUGCCGGCAGGUGUUGGCGGACUUGUGGCCGGGGAUUGGGGUUGUCGUGGAUCAGGCGGACGCGGAGGAGGGCGGGGAGAAAGCGUUGAAGGUUAUGAACAUCGCGGAGCUGUUGCCUUGGGGGUAUGUGUGGACUUAUCAGGCUUGA